AUGAAGACAGUCUGGAUAUCCGUUUGGCUACUUGUUGCUGUUUUGUAUAUCAAUACUGGAAUGGCUCAAGAAGGUGAUGCAAAUAAUGCAGACUUUGUCCCUGUUCAAGCAGAUAUUGAAUUGACUUCUAGAAGGCAGAGGGGACCAUGUGUUGAAAUUCUCAGCCAUAUUAAAUUCUUAACUUAUAAAUUGGAGAAACUUACCAACCAAGUUCAUAAAAUACCAUUUGAUAUAAUUGAGGCAAGAAAAUAUUAUGGCCGUAGAGGACCUCCUGGACCUCCUGGACCUCCUAGACCUCCUGGACCUCUGUAA